AUGAUGGUGCACCAAAGAGCUCAUUCCGUGUCAUCCACACUACAGGGUGGCUAUGCAACAGUGGGUCGGGCGCCCCGGGGGCCCUUGGCCUCCACGACGGCGCCACCUGAUCCCGCAGUACCAGAGUCCACCGAGCAACAGUUGCGCUACGAAAAUGAUCGCCUGAAACUUGCUCUUGCUCAGAGCUCUGCAAACGCAAAGAAGUGGGAGGUGGAGCUCGCGACCCUCAAGAGCAAUAACCUUCGGCUGACCGCCGCCUUGCAAGAGAGCACCGCCAACGUGGACGAGUGGAAACGACAGCUCCAUCAGUACAGAGAGGAGGUGGCCCGCGCGAGGCAUUACGCAGGUAAAGGCGGUGACGCGAAUGAAGUAGAACAACUCAGGCAACGUGUCGCUCAAUUGGAAGCCGAACUAGCGCAGAAGAACGAAGAGUUGGCUCAGAUUACGAAAUCGAAGAAGAGUGAGCAGGACGCAGAAGCGAAAUUAGCUCAAAGCCAGCUCGAGCUUGCUCUAGCCGCUCAAGAUGGACAGAGACAAGUGAUACAGGCGCUAAACGACCAACUGGCGAGGCAACUGGAAGAGCUGACGACGAUCCACCGCGAGAUCAACACAGCGUUGCAGACAUGA